AUGGAGGAUAGGUUUGUGUAAAGAUAAGAAAAAUAAGAAAAAUUGAAUCAAUAAAUUGCAAUUAUGAGAAAGAUUUACAACCAAUAACUUAAUGAAAUUAAUGAAAAAUUAAUCACAGAAUUUUCUCUCCAAAUAAAUAAAACAGGUGAGAUUUGUAAAUUUAAAUAAAACAACUAUUUAAGAAUUAAGCUAAGAAGAAUUGUUUUCAAAUAUUAGCUAUUUGAUUCAAUGUAAUAAAGAAAAUUUGGGUUAAGAUUCCAAAAUUGA